AUGUUCAAAACUUGGGAUCACAUCAGCCAAUUCAUCAACACAGGGUUAUUGGCCCUCAUUGGCCCAUCAGCAGGCACCAUCAACUAUGGCCUGUUUGUAUUGUCGGGCCUCUCAGUGUUGGGUACAAGGGAUGCCGAGGAAUCCACUGAAGACCAUCUCAAGAGAAUCAAUGCCUUGAUUAAAAGCGCGAUAGAUAUGACCCCAAAAAUUGAAGGGACCCAGUCUGUCUGCAUGGUUCUUAACUCAACCAUGAUGGCCUGUAUGACAAGGCUGAAUGACAAGGUUUCGCAGAGAGAAGAAGACUUUACUACUGAAUCAACGAGCCCACAAAUUCCAUCUGCUGUGCUCUUCAAAGACUCUAAGGCUCAAACGGAAAGGAUUGCAACCACCAGCCCACUCGAAUUUGCUUCCUCGGACUUUGCUUUCUAUGGAGUGCUCAUAUGGGUGGAGGGAUUCACCUUCAAUCAAACUAUAGGAGUGUUAGCAAUUCCCCUCCAGUUGCCCAUCAAGCAAAUAUCCAGAGUGACUUGUGUUGGACAAAGCCAAGGAUACUGCCAGCGGUCUACGACGGCAAUCACAGGAUGA